AUGGCAGCCGCUGCUGCUUCCGCAGCUGCGCUCGACCCGAGCGCCGGCGCAAAAAACACCCUCAAACUCGAAAAUACCGAGAAGAGAGAUACCCUUAUCGCUAUCGAGAAGAAAUACCAGGCGCAAUGGAAGGAGAACAAGGUUUUCGAGGUCGAUGCUCCCUCCUUCGCAGAGGUUCCUGAGGGCUCCAUGUCCGCCGCGGAGCUUCGUGAGAAGUAUCCCAAGUUCUUCGGAACCAUGGCUUACCCCUACAUGAACGGUACCCUGCACGCAGGUCACAGUUUCACUGCCAGUAAGGUCGAGUUCAUGGCCGGUGUUGCCCGCAUGGAUGGUAAGAGGGCUCUUUUCCCCCUGGGUUUCCACUGUACCGGUAUGCCUAUCAAGGCGUGCGCGGAUAAGCUUUCCGAUGAGGUCAAGAAAUUCGGACAGAACUUCGAGGGCUACAAGGAAGAGGCUGAGGAGGAGGAGAAGGCCCCUGCUGCCCCCACCCAGGAAGUCAAGAACGAGCAACAGGAGAAGUUCUCCGGAAAGAAGAGCAAGGCCGCCGCCAAGACCGUGAAGAUGAAGUACCAGUUCCAGAUCAUGUUGGCGAUCGGUAUUCCCUUGGACGAAAUCCACAAGUUUGCCGACGCUGGUUACUGGCUCCACCACUUCCCUCCCCUGGCCAUCCGUGAUCUUGACAGCCUUGGCGCCAGAAUUGAUUGGCGUCGUCAGAUGGUCACCACUGAUGCGAACCCCUACUACGAUGCCUUUGUGCGCUGGCAGAUGAACCGUCUCCAUGAGCUCGGUAAAAUCCAGUACGGUAGCCGGUACACUAUCUAUUCCCCCAAGGACGGACAGCCUUGCAUGGACCACGACCGGACCAAGGGUGAAGGUGUCGGACCCCAGGAAUAUACCGCUAUGAAGCUGAAGGUGAAGGAAUGGGCCCCACAGAUUGCCGAGAUCGUCAAGGGCAAGAUCGAGGAGGAUGCCAGUGUGUACUUUGUUCCUGCUACUCUGCGCCCAGAGACGAUGUAUGGCCAGACUUGCUGCUUCCUCGGCCCUAAGAUCAACUAUGGUAUCUUCAAGGUGAAGGAAAAGGAAUACUACGUUUGCACAAAGCGGGCCGCAUGGAACAUGGCUUUCCAGGGCACUUUCUUUAGCAGUGACAACUUCCCCAAGACUCAGGAUCAGUUACCGAUCGUCGCGGAGGCUCCAGGAUCCGCCUAUGUUGGUACACUUGUUAACGCUCCGCUCUCACUCCACACCGAAGGUGUGCGAAUUCUGCCUAUGGAGAGCGUUUCUGCCAGCAAGGGUACCGGUGUCGUCACCUCUGUGCCUUCUGACAGCCCUGAUGAUUAUGCUACCUUGGCUGAUCUUGCCAAGAAACCCGAGUACUAUGGAAUCCAGAAGGAGUGGGCCGAGCUGGAGAUCUUCCCUCUCAUUGACACCCCAACUUAUGGCAACCUUACUGCCCCUGCCCUUGUUAAGCAGCUGAAGAUCAACUCUCCUAAGGAUGUUACCCAACUGGCAAAGGCCAAGGAAUUGGCAUACAGUGAAGCCUUCUACAAGGGUACUAUGGUCGCUGGUGAAUACAAGGGUGAGCCUGUGAGCGCUGCUAAGGACAAGAUCCGUAAGGCCCUUUACGAGAGCGGUGAUGCUUUCCCCUUUGCCGAUCCCAUGGGAGAGGUCGUCAGCAGAAGCGGGGAUGACUGUGUAGUUGCGUACCUCGGUCAAUGGUUCCUGAACUACGGAGAGAACGACGCCAAGUGGCAAAAAGACACACUGAACCAUGUCGUGAACACCCUCAACACAUACACCAACGAGACCAAGCAUGGCUUCGAGAAGAACCUUGACUGGCUCAACCGCUGGGCUUGCGCAAGAACCUAUGGUUUGGGCUCUAAGCUGCCAUGGGAUCCUCAAUUCCUCGUCGAGAGUCUGAGUGACAGUACCGUAUACAUGGCCUACUACACAAUUGCCCACUUGUUGCACGGUGACCGCUACGGUCAGACUCUCGGUCCCUUGAACGUGAAGGCUGAGCAGAUGAUCGACGAGGUCUGGGAUUAUGUAUUCACAAGACGUGAGCUUAGCGACGAGCUGAUCUCGAAGAGCGGAAUUAGCAAGGAAGGUUUGCAGCAGAUGCGCAGAGAAUUCGAGUACUGGUACCCGUUGGAUGUUAGAGUUUCCGGAAAGGACCUCAUCCCGAACCACUUGACCUUCUUCCUUUACAUCCACGUUGCGCUCUUCCCACCGGAGUAUUGGCCUCGCGGUGUUCGCGCGAACGGACACUUGCUUCUUAACGGCGAGAAGAUGAGCAAGAGCACUGGUAACUUCCUCACACUGAAGGACAGUGUUGACAAAUUCGGCGCUGACGCUACCCGUAUUGCGUUCGCCGACGCCGGUGAUGGUAUCGAGGACGCUAACUUCGAUGAGACCGUUGCUAACAGUAACAUUCUGAGACUGCAUACCCUCAAGGAAUGGGUUGAGGAGAUUUCCAAGGAUGAAACCCUGCGCACUGGCCCCGCUGAUGCAUUCUGGGAUAAGAUUUUCAACAACGAGAUGAAUGGAUUGGUUCGUGAGGCCCGGAAGCACUACCAAGACACCGACUUUAAGCUCGCCUUGAAAUCUGGUCUGUACGACCUGGUUAGUGCCCGUGAUGCCUACCGUGAGGCCUCGACAUCAGCCGGUGUUGGUAUGCACCGUGAUGUGAUCCUGCGCUACAUCGAGCUGCAAGCCCUCAUGCUUGCUGUCAUUGCUCCUCACUGGGCCGAAUACGUUUGGCUCGAGAUCCUGAAGAAGCCCGAGUCUAUUCACCACGCUCGCUUCCCCGAAGUUCCCGAGCAAUCACCGGAGCUGACAGCCAUCAGCACCUAUGUCCGGGCCACUUCCUCCAGCAUCACCUCUGCUGAGUCUCAGCUCGCCAAGAAGGCUUCCAAGGGCAAGAGCGCUGGCUACGACCCCCGCAAGCCCAAGAAGCUCACAAUCUACGCUGCCAAGAAGUACCCCUCGUGGCAGGAGAAGUACAUCGACCUGGUCCGCGAGGCCUUCGAUGGUCUCAACCUCUCCAUCAACGACAAGGAGCUGAACGCCAAGGUCGGCAAGAUGGGCGAGAUGAAGAAGGCCAUGCCUUUCGUCCAGACCCUCAAGAGACGUCUUAUCCAGAGCCGCGAGGAGCCCGAGACCGUCUUUAGCCGGAAGCUGCCGUUCGAUGAGUUCGCCGUCCUCAAGGAGAUGCUCGUGAACUUGCAAAAGACAACAGGCUGCAAGGUGAUUGAGAUCAUCGCUGUUGAAGAGGGUGGCAAGACCGGUGAGGUCGUUGGCUCCGGUGAAAAGAGAGAGGGUCUCACGGCCGAGAACGCCGUCCCUGGUCAACCCACUUUCCAAUUCACCAACAUCGAAGAGAGUAACUGA